AUGCUCGACGAGAAUUUGCCCACGUUUUUUAACAAACACUCGCCUGACAACCCGCUUACGAGCGUCGUCUACUUCACACAGAAUGGCUCUGAGCCAGCGCCCGAAUACUCGUUUCGAAGACCGAAUCCGAGCCUCCCCCAGUCGAAGAACAAGUUCGCAGUGGCCUUGGCCGACGCAUUCAGCCAGGAUGUCAUAUUCGCCGAGGUGCUAGUCGAGCCCGAGUGGCAGCAGCCGACCUUGUCGGCCGCCGAGAUCAGAGCGCAAAACGGAGUUCCGCCGCCACCGGUGCCGAUGAUUCCCGAGCAUUUCAUCAUACAGCUGUACAAUCCGGACCAGCAAAUCUCGGUCAGAGGAGAAAAGAGUACGUGGACGGGCAAAGAAUCAUGGGAGUUCGAGAUGCCGCAACAGAGCUUUCGUAUGCCGUCGGCGUCCAAGUUGGACCAACAGCAAAGCGAUCCUGUGGUUAGCGAACUGACGCCCAAGAUCCUGUUUCGGUGGAAGCGAGACAGCAAGUUCUCCAAGGACGUGACGUGUUAUAUGUGUGGGAAAUCACUAGGAGGUAAAAGGAGCAAAGAGCCCGAUAUUACGGUGGCCAUGUACAAACAGGGUCGCGAACCGGCUCUCACAGUAUACGAGCCGAACCUCCAACGCGUCGAAGUCGAGGAUCGUAAAGGUCUAGAAGUGGUUUUGCUGCUAGGGGCCGAGGUCAUUCGCGACGUCUACCUAUUCCCCAACCGCGACUCAUUCAACAUCAACGGCACCGUGCCCCCAAACAAGCGUAAGAACUCGCGCCCUAUCCCAACAUCCAGCUCGCCCAAGCUUCAAGUAAAACCCCAAUCCACGGCGACCGCUGGAUACGCCAUGAGCGGCGGCCUAAGCAUGAUGAAUGGGGUGAACAAUGUCCAGCCCCAACAACAGCAGACAACCGCAUCACCCGUAAUGCGGCAGCUGCCCACGCCGCCCAGCGACGCCAGGGCGCAGUGGGAAGUAGAUACCGAGACCAAACGCCUGCAGGCGAUGGUAGCGCAGGAGGAGCGUGAGCGUGAGCAGCGUGACCAGGCCGAGGCGAAACGCAUCAAGAAGAUGCUUGACGAUGAGGAGAAGGAGCGCAAGCGCCGCGAUGCCGAAGUCGCUAAGGAGACGGAGAGGUUGAGGAAGGAGUUUGGCAUGCAGGGGCAGGAAUACACCAAGCCGAACUUGCCGCCACGGCCAGAGCCGAAUGGACGGGGACCGCAAUUGCAACCAGCGGGGAUGUUCAACGGCAUGCAGCAUCCUCCCCCUAGACCGAUGAGCGCGGAGCCGCCGUCGCAUCCGGGGGCUUUGGGAGGUUGGUUUAGUCGGCCUGGGGUCGGGCCCGGGUUUCUGAUGCCGUCGAAUUCCAUCCCGGCGAUGCAACCGCAGGCACAGCCGCAUCAUGGGUCCGGGAGGGAGACUCGACACAGCGCGGAAGGGGGGAAGAAGAUGCCGAAGAAACGUAGUAUGUUCUUCUGA